UAAUUCCCAAAAGUUUAUUGCUGUUCUUUCUCAAAUGCCAGCCCGCCCAAAUUAGGAAGCUUCUAGCCUUCUCUGCAGUUCUGAACUUCAACUUGCGGUGUUAUCAUGCUCUUCUGAUUCGAAGCUAUGAGUGCCGUCAAUAUCACCAACGUGACGGUCCUUGACAAUCCCGCUUCGUUUUUGACUCCCUUCCAGUUUGAGAUCUCAUACGAGUGCUUGACUCCUUUGAAAGACGAUUUGGAAUGGAAGCUCGUAUAUGUUGGAUCUGCUGAGGAUGAAACAUAUGACCAGUUAUUAGAGUGUGCGCUUGUUGGCCCUGUCAAUGUUGGAAACUAUCGCUUUAUAUUGCAGGCAGACCCACCAGACCCAUCAAAGAUUCGUGAAGAAGAUAUUAUUGGUGUUACGGUGCUCUUGUUGACCUGCUCUUAUCUGGGUCAAGAAUUUGUUAGAGUGGGAUACUAUGUGAACAAUGAUUAUGAUGAUGAGCAACUAAGAGAGGAACCCCCGCCUAAGGUUAUAAUUGAUAGGGUUCAAAGGAACAUUUUAUCUGAUAAACCAAGGGUCACUAAAUUCCCCAUUAAUUUCCAUCCAGAAAACAAUCAGAGUGGGGACCAGCCCCCGCCGCCUGAGCAGCACGACAGAAAUGGAGAAAACCCACUUGCCUUCCGUGAUCAUGUUCCAUCAGAUGAGAAGGAAUCUUGACAAUUUGCAGGCAUUCAAAUCAUCUCAUUUUGAAGCAUGAAAUUUCUCAAUCAAAGUAGAUGCUUAGAAAUAGCAACACCAGGGGUGUCAAUAUGAGCUCAAGAUCACCAAAAUUGUUAGUUAAUGAAAUGUCGUGGAAAUCAGUGAUUGAAAUACUGGGCUCAAAACCUGCUUGCGCUUUUGAAAAACCCAGUUUCUUUGUGAUACUUGUUGCUUUGUAAUAUAAGAGGGAAAUGCACGUUGUUUCCAAGCAUCAUAAUGUUCUCUCAGUUCGGGUUUGGUCCACCCUGGCUGGAAUCUAUCCACUUUUAGCUGCGCGGCUAAACUAUUA